UGUUAAAGGGUUGGCCAAGCCCAAGCUGCUCAAUCACUCGUAUCCCGUCUCAUUCCAGCCAGCCGGUAGCUUCAUCUGCAUACCCCUUGCUGUUCUCUUUCUCCAGCUCUCAGCAUGGAGGCCAAGCUACAAUGCACUGGUGACGAGCCAAGUAAAAUACCGUACCAGUUGCUAAAGCAGAUUACAAAUGAUUUCGAUAAGGAACGAAUACUUGGGAGUGGUUCAUACGGAACAGUUUACAAGGGUGUGUAUGAAAAUGGCGGAGAGAUUGCCGUGAAGAUACUAAAUAACAUUCCAGUUGGAUUAGAUGAUACAAAGUUUCUCAAAGAGUUCAACAAUCUUAGGGGGCUUAAGCAUCAAAAUAUUGUGGAGUUAGUGGGCUUCUGUAAUGAAUCAGUGGAAGGACCUGCUAUGUUCGAAGGGAAACAAGUUACUGCUGUAAGUCUGCGUACGGCGCUUUGCUUCGAGUAUGUAUCCAAUGGUAGCCUUCACAAGUAUAUCUCUGAUCAAAAAACGGGACUUAACUGGCACACACGUUACAGAAUAAUCAAAGGGAUAUGUGAGGGUCUAAAAUAUCUUCGUGAGGGACUGGGGUAUCCUGUAAUGCACUUUGACUUGAAACCGGAUAAUAUAUUGCUAGAUAAUAAAAUGAUGCCCAAAAUCGCUGAUUUUGGCUUGUCAAAGCUCUUCGGUGAAGAAAACACAACAAGGGCGAUGAGUGCUGUCGGUACACUCGGAUAUUGGCCACCGGAAUACAUAAAGUGUCAAAUAAUAUCAGGCGAGUUUGACAUAUUUAGUUUGGGCGUUAUCAUUGUAAAGAUAAUGACCGGACAUCAAGGCUACAAUUCUACUGUUGAGAUGAUGACCCGGAAAUCUGUUACGCUGGUACAAGAAAGUUGGAAGAAGAAGCUACGUGAAACAGUGAGUCCCACGUCACUCGAAGUAUACUGCAACCAGGUGAAAAGAUGCAUUGAGAUAGCAUUACAUUGCUUGAAGCCAAACCGACAAGAAAGGCCUACUAUACAGGAUAUUGUUUCUAGUUUGAACGAGACCGAAACAAUGAUAGGUGACCAAUGGAUGCAGAAUGAACAGUUCUAUCAAGACAGUGGUGAGAAUUCGCCCAUUCUUAUAAGAAAGAACAACAGCAUCACGAUCAAGUCCAGAUCUUCUUCAGGCAACUUUCGGUAUGCGGAGCCAAGGGCAAUGCCUUUCAGUUUACUAAAAGUCGUUACAAGCGAUUUCUCUCGAGAGGAAUUAAUUGGCCGGGGUGGCUAUGGAGGUGUUUACAAGGGAGUCUAUGGGGAUGGACAAAUUGCUGUGAAGCUCUAUACUUUAAAAGGAAUAGAUAAUAAGCAGUUCCAGAAUGCAAUUGAAGUCCACAAGAAGUUCCAUCAUGAAAAUGUCGCGCAAUUAGUUGGCUACUGCUACGAGACAGAAGAAGUGGUUAUACCGUUCAACGGAAAGCAUGUAGUGGUUGGUUUGGAUAUACACAUGGCAAUCUGCUUGGAGUAUUUCCCAAAUGGAUCCCUUAAUCGGUACAUCUCAGAUGUGAAAUCCGGACUGGACUGGUGUAUGCGCUACCAAAUAAUUAAGGGCUUAUGUGAUGGUUUAAGAUACCUCCAUGAGGGUUUGGAGAGUCCUGUUAUUCACAUGAACCUAAAACCUAGCAAUAUAUUGAUGGAUGAGAAACUGACACCUAAAAUAGGCGAUUUUGGUCUAGCAAGAUUCGGUGCAGGAAAGAGCGACAGGACAAUGGAUAUGAGUGGAGCACGUGAAUACAUGCCGCCGGAAUUCAUUGAAAAACAAGUAAUAUCAAAAAAGCAUGACAUAUACAGCUUAGGCGUUAUAAUCAUAAAGCUGAUGACAGGGGUGAAAAUGUAUUUGAAAUGUUACGAUAUGUCUUCCGAGAAGUUUAUUGAGCUGACGCUUGAAAAUUGGAGGGAGAGGCUGCAGAAAACAGUGGAUGCUACAUUAAUUGAAGGAUAUUGUGAACAAGUUAAGAAAUGCUUGGAUAUAGCGUUGACCUGUCUGGCGAGUAACAGACGCAGAAGGCCUACCAUCGGGGAUAUCGUACAUACACUGAACGAAACAGAAACCUUGAUUCCGCAAGUGGAAAUUAUCUUGGACUCGGAGCUGCUUGAUUCAGAAGACUCUGAUCAGCUUCUUCAUGUUCAUCCCUCAGAGCUCUACUUUCUCCCAGCCAUGUCAUCGGUAGAAGUACCAAGAAAGAAGGUGGCCAUGAUCUCCUCCUGCUCAGUGCAGUUAAAUAACAAGGGAGAUGACCGCGUUGCGUUCAUGCUUGUGGCAAAAAGCCCCAAGAGGUACUUGACAAAGAAGCCACUAUGUGGCAUUGUGCCUCCAGGAUCCACCUACACCCUCACUCUCACAAUGCUCAAGCAGCAGCCACUUCCAUCGGGCAUUGACGGCGAGUUCUUCACACUGUAUAGCCUUGCGGUGAAUGAAUAUGACCUCCAGGACGAGGAUGUUGAGAAAGAUUCGAUCUCCGUCAAGUACAACAACUUCUUUGAGAAAACUAAAGAGAAAGCUGGUGCUGACCAAGAGGUAGUGCAAGAGAUGACGUUGAAGGUUCUCUGUUGUCAACAUCAAGAAGAUGAUCAUGUGACAUCAUCAUCUGAGCCCACUCGGCCGACAACUGAGGUCAUAACCACGUCUGAUGCUCAGCAAGUUUCCUCCAUAGAUGUGCACCCAACCGAGCCAUGGAUUAUUACGACCAAUAAUGUGGGGAGCCUUCGUUCUUGGAACUACAAGACAAUGGCAACGUUGAACUCGAUUCAAGAUGUCACAGAUGAACCAGUUCAUGUGGCUAAAUUUAUUGCACGGGAGAGCUGGCUCGUCGUCGGUGAUUGCAACGGGGGUAUUCAUGUGUACAACUACGUUGAAAGCAAAGACGUAGCGAGCUUUGAUGCUCACGAUAGUUGCAUCACAACCUUGGCUGUGCAUCCAACAGAUUCAUUUGUGCUGUCAUCAUCUGAUGAUGAUGAUCACUUGAUUAAGCUUUGGGAUUGGAGCAAGGAUUGGGAAUGCACACGGACAUUUCAGGGGCACAUUGACAGAGUGAUGCAAGUAAAGUUUAACCCAGAGGACAAGGACAGUUUCGCUAGUGCUUCUAGGGAUGGCACGGUCAAGAUCUGGAGUAUAAGUUCUGAUGAAAUCGUCACGUUGAAAUUGGAUGGGUGUGUGGAAAACCUUCUUUGUAUUGAUUACUUUACACGCAAUAAGAAGCAGCAUCUGAUUGUGGGCUGUAAGGACAGGAUCGCACAGAUCUGGAAACUGGGAAUGGGUCAAUGUGUUGAUAAGCUAGAAGGGCAUGUGGACCAUGUCAGUGCCGCCAAUUUGCACCCUGAGCUUCCAAUGUUAAUUACAGGUUCACUUGAUGGGACCGUACGCAUAUGGAACUCCACUACCUACAAGCUUGAGAACAUAAUUGGUUUCAAUCUCGGUGCAGUUUAUGCUGUUGGAUGUAUAAAGGGCUCAAGAAGGAUUGUGGCUGGGUGUCACCAAGGAAUAGCAACGAUGGAACUUUCUUCACCUUGAAGAUUAUGUUGGUAAAUAUUAGAAGUGGAACACACACAUUUAAAGAGUGUUGGAUCUUUGUUAAAUAAUCUGAAUUAUAUUUUUUCUCUUUCUAAGUGAAAACAAUAAGUGAGUUAACACUGCAAACAUAUUAAAGAAAAUGUAUACAAGCUUUUACCCCCGCGGGGUACAUGAAGCUACCAAUUCAGAUAUGGAAUUCAGAGUAAGAUUCUCUUUUUGCUCUGUGGAAGAUUAGCUUCGGUUCAUCUUUGAAAGCUUUCCUACAUCUGUAAUUUCUUUGAAGAUAUGAUAAAUUAUGGUGAUCCAUGAGGCAAGAGUGAUGAUUUUCAUGGAAAAUGGCUUGUCGGUUGCUUGCUUUAGAGUUUGGAUAUUAUCUAUGGUGUUACUUCCCAAACUGAUGUCAGGGCAUAAAUAUGGCCAGCAAACUUACAGUGAACGAAGAGAUUGUCUGUUGUUUCCAAUAAAGGGUUUCCCCCGCUUUAUAUUAUAAAGCAAACAUCCAAUACAUCCAGCUCACUGGGGCCGCAGCACAGACAAGCCCAAAAGGAAAAACAAGAAAAAGCAAGAGAAAUAAAUGCCGACACCGGCAAAUCAACAAAGAAAGAAGACCGGCGACCGCUGCACCCUCCGAAGAAGUACCACCACGCUCCCAGCAUCCCGAAGCGCCGCGCACCAAGCAACACCUUCAAGAAGGGAUGCGACGACGCCGUCGCUGUUGCCCGAACAAGUUCUAGGGUUUCCCCUGGUGCGCGGGGGAUAGCGGGGAAGGGAUAUACCCGACGCCCCUCAGGAAGGUCCGACGGCGCCCGCAGGACUUACCACGUCGGUACCGGACAAGCCGAUAGGGAUUUCUCCCGAUCCGCAACCACCACCACCCCAGGUACUACGAAAUGCACCACCCCAUCAGCAUGUGCAACCACGGGUACCAGACCACCCUCGCCACCUCUCUGGAGCUGCCAACACGAAACCUGGAGAGGGAAAGGAGACAUCGACCACGGGAGCGACCACAACUCGAUCGGAGGGAGGGGACAGCCUCCACCGCCGCAGCGGAGCCGACCGCUGU